AUGUCGACGCUCCUCGAAAUCACCUCGGAGGAGAGCUUCGGCCCUCACCUGUCCUCGCUUCCACCCAACACCCUAAUCGUCCUCUACUUCCACGCGCCAUGGGCGGCCCCCUGCGCGCAAAUGCGAGCCGUGCUCUCCGCCCUCGCCUCCCAGUACCCCGUCACCACGCCGCCCACCGUCUCCUUCAUCAGCGUCAAUGCCGAAGAGCUCCCUGAUAUCUCCGAAGAAUACGACGUCACCGCCGUCCCCUACGUUGUCCUCCUCCGCAACGGCCAAGUCCUCGAAACAAUCUCCGGCAGCGAGGCUACGAGAGUCCGCGAUGCCGUGGAGCGGUACGCUGGCGCAGGCGCGGGCUCAACCGCCAACGGCACCGCAUCCACAAUCCCACCUGCACUGGCGGCUGUGCCGAGGGAGGAUGCAAAUGCGCCGACGACGGCUACCCAGGCGCCUGUGGCCGGUGCCGCCCCUGGCACUAUUGGUGGCGCGCCGCCAUUGACGGCCGAACAGAGCAAGGAGGCGCUGUUUGCCCGUCUUGCGGAGCUGGUCAAGGCUGCGCCUGUCAUGCUGUUCAUGAAGGGAACUCCGAGCGCGCCGCAGUGUGGUUUCAGUCGGCAGCUGGUUGGGAUCCUGCGUGAACGGAGUGUUAAAUACGGGUUCUUCAACAUCCUGGCCGAUGAGGAUGUACGACAGGGUCUGAAGGAGUUUGCGGACUGGCCGACUUUCCCGCAGCUUUGGGUUGGCGGGGAGCUGGUUGGCGGCUUGGAUAUUGUCAAGGAGGAGCUCGAGAACGAUCCCGAUUUCCUCGGUAGUUUCUCCGUCAACAAGUAA